AGAUCACAUGUUCGAAAUGCGUCACUUUUUAUUAACCUAGUGGUCGUGAAAAGGUCACUCGAUUAUCACGAAAUAAGAUUUUGUCACAUCGCAUCACCUUGUGUUCUAAAUCGCUGCUACUAGAUUUCGACGAAAAACAAACGACAAAAUGUUGUCAAGAAUCGUAAGACCUACGAUUUCCACCGCUAGGAAUUUUUCCACCUCAAACCAGAACAACUUUAAAGUAGCAGUAUGUGGGGCUUCAGGUGGUAUCGGUCAGCCAUUGUCUCUCCUAUUGAAAAUAAACCCUCUGGUGUCCGAACUUUCUUUGUACGAUAUUGUACACACACCUGGGGUGGCUGCUGAUUUGUCUCACAUCGAAACAGCAUCUAAAGUCAAAGGAUUCAACGGUCCAGAUAAUCUGGCUGAAGCACUCCGCAAUGCUGACGUCAUCAUUAUUCCAGCUGGUGUACCAAGAAAACCAGGCAUGACCAGGGAUGAUCUCUUCAACACUAACGCCGGUAUCGUUAGGGAUUUGGCCAAAGUGGCCGCAGAAGUAGCCCCCAAAGCUCUCAUAGGUAUCAUCACCAACCCAGUCAACUCAGCCGUGCCAAUCGCUUGCGAAGUCUUGAAAAAGGCGGGUAAAUUGGACCCUAAGCGCGUUUUCGGCAUUUCCACGUUGGACAUCGUGCGCGCCAACACUUUCAUCGCCGAAGCGAAAGGUUUGAACCCGAAAGACGUGAGCGUGCCCGUGAUCGGCGGACACAGCGGCGUGACAAUAAUCCCUCUGAUGUCGCGCGCCACCCCGUCGGUUUCCUUCCCGCAAGAUCAACUGAAAGCGUUGACUGUGAGGAUCCAGGAGGCCGGUACCGAGGUGGUCAAGGCCAAGGCGGGCGCCGGAAGUGCGACGUUGUCGAUGGCGUACGCCGGCGCCAGGUUUGCCAACUCCCUGCUCAGAGGGUUGAAGGGGGAAUCGAACGUCAUCGAGCCCGCUUACGUCAUCUCAGACGUGACGGAAGCCAAGUAUUUCUCGACCCCGUUGUUGCUGGGCAAAAACGGUAUCGAGAAGAAUCUCGGUUUGGGGCAGUUGAGCGAAUUCGAGCAGGGUCUUCUCAAGGCCGCUCUCCCCGAGUUAAAAAAGAACAUACAAGCCGGGGAAGAAUUCGUCAACAAAUCCUAAGUCAUUUUUAAUUAACUUGUGUACCUAUAAAACCACCACCAAACUUUUUAUACCAAUGUCCAUAUAAUUUAUUAUUCUUGUAAUUAUUAUUAUUAUUUUAACGCUAGGUAUGAUAAGGCAUUUUUUUCUGUAAUGUGUAUACUGUGUAUUUAUGGCAAAGUAUUAAAACAUCUUCCUUUAAAAC